GCUGGCCAAUCCGAUGGAGAUAAAACUACGAGAAGCAUGGUCAAGGACACCGGCUGAGCAAGAGCGAUAGCAAGGAAGCAGCCUGGAGGAGAAACCUCGUGUCAAGGGGGUGCCACUGAAGAAGUCAGUCGGUUUUAGCAGUUUUGAAGCGAAGAUUCCUGUGAAGCAGCAAUGGACCAGGCAAGGUCAACAAUAUCGAAAAUUUUUAAUGGGGAGCCACACUCCUACACACGUUUCAACUUGACCCAGAACAUGGAAGGGGAUAACAGCCAGGUGGAGAUGAAGCUGUCAUCAGACAUGGAUGAGGAGGCUGGGGAAAAUGGCGUGGGGGCCCACCUCAGUCACAACACCAACCGCAAACCCUACGUGGCUCAAAAACUUGGACGCACACCCAAGAACCUCUGCUUCAUGGCAGCCACCACCCUCCUCAUCUUCAUCAUCGGAUACUUGAUUGGCUACCUCGUUCAUCGGAAGAAGGAAGUGGCUCCCAGCUGUGCAGCCUCCGUGCUCCCUUUUGCAGAGGCUGCCGCCCACGAGACAGGUGCCGCCCCCCUCAUGGACUGGGAUGUUGUCAAAAAGCUCCUCGCUCAAAAAUUGAGUGCAUCCAACUUCGAAACUGCCUUCAGUGAAUUUUCCAGUGUCAACCACCGGGCUGGUUCUCCAGGUGAUGAAGAUCUGGGGAAAAAGGUACACAAGAGGUUUAAAGAGUACGGCAUGAACACCUGGACUGAUGAGCACUUUAUUAAGGUGCAGGACCCCCCAGCUUCCGGCUUCAACAAACUUGUUUUCAAGAACGGGCAAGAGGAGCGGCUAGAUGGAUUCCUGUCCUAUAGUGCAAAUGGAACAGUAACGGGUGCCAUCCUGUAUGCAUACUAUGGACAGGAAAGUGACUUCAGGUUGCUGCGGGACAGGAACAUCAACCUUAAUGGCAGGGUGAUGCUGGUCAGAGCUGGUAAGAUCAGCUUUGCAGAAAAGGUAGCCAAUGCUGCCAAAAUGAAUGCUUCUGCUGUGUUGAUCUAUGCAGACCUUGCUGAUUACUCUAUCGGAGAUACCACUCAGCUCUUUGGACAUGUCCACAUGGGUUCAGGGGAUCCCUACACCCCUGGCUUCCCCUCCUUCAAACACACCCAGUUUCCUCCUGUCCAGUCUUCAGGCCUGCCAAAAAUCUUGGCUCAGACCAUCACCACACGUAUGGCUAACAGCAUUCUGAUGAAUCUGGGGGGUCAGAGUGUGCCACAAGAGUGGGGAGGUGUCACCAAACUGGGAGAUGAGAAUGAUGUCAUUACUGUGGAGGUCAACAACGUUCUUGCUGAGAAAAAGAUAAAUAAUGUCUUUGGGGUCAUCAAAGGGUUUGUGGAUGCAGAUCGAUAUGUGGUUAUUGGUGCCCAGAGGGAUGCAUGGGGUCCAGGUUUUGCUACAUCAACCGUCGGAACCAGUGUCCUUGUUGAGCUGGCUCGUUCCAUCUCAGACAUGGUGAAGAACGAUGGAUUCAAGCCAAGGAGGAGCAUUGUGUUUGCUAGCUGGAGUGCUGGAGAAUAUGGGAGUGUUGGCGCCACCGAGUGGUUGGAGGGUUAUCUGUCUUCUCUGAGCAUGAAAGCCUUUUCCUACAUCAACCUGGAUCGCGUUGUAACAGGUCGGAAUGGGUUUAAAGUAGCAGCCAGUCCUUUGAUGUACAGUGUGAUCGAAAAUGCUCUGGCAGAGGUGAAAAGUCCAAGCAGUGAUGUGUCUCUGCGUUCUCAAUAUGGAAAAGGCAACUGGGAGUCGAAUGUGAUGGAGCCUCUGAAAUUGGAAAAUUCUGCGUAUCCUUUCCUUGCCUUUUCUGGCAUUCCCUCUGUCUCAUUUGGGUUCACCUCUGGGAGUUCAGAGUACCCGUACUUUGGCACAUUGCUGGAUACCCGGGAGAAGUUGAACUCGGCCACGUCUGGCCAAGUUCCUCAGUUGGCUGAAAUUGCGGCCCGGUUUGCAGGUCAUAUGGCACUGAGGCUGGUCCAUGACCAUCUGCUGAGGAUGGAUCUGUCAAUGUAUGACAAGAUGAUACGUACUCGUGUGGCUCAGAUCAACAAGAAAAUCAAGGAGGUUCAGAGGUUGCAGCCCCAUCUGCUGCCCAAGACUCUGACAGUGCAGUGGUUGAUCUCAGCGUCUGGCUCCUACAGCCGAGCCUCUCGCAACCUGGCAGCAGACAUCCAGAACAGCGACUUGGAGGACAUCGAGAUGUGCCGCAUCAUCAAUGACCGCAUCAUGACGGUGGAAAAGAACUUCCUGUCACACUAUGUGUCCCCCAGAGAGACUCCUUUCCGCCACAUCCUGCUUGGCUCUGGCCCGCACACACUCCAGGGGCUGCUCAACCACCUUGAAGCCCUCAGGAAUGACAACCCUGAGGCUGAGGCUGACCUGUUCCGCAACCAGUUUGCCCUGGCGACCUGGACCAUUCAGGGCUGUGCCAACUCAUUAGCAGGGGACAUCUGGUCUCUGGAUAAUGAAAUCUAAAAAUCCUCACACCAUUGUUAAUGGUUUGAUCCAAUUACCACAAUAUGAAAACCAACAAGCUGUUAUCAUUAACAAAAGUCGCAGUUACACAGCUUUUCAAAUUGGCUGCACUUGAUUCAGGAAAUUAUAAAAGUCACCAUCAGGUCACCUCUCUUCCAUAAAUUUCAACACUUUAGUUAAAAGCUGCCUCAUCUCACUUCUGACUGAAAUUCUCCAAAAAGCCAAACAUUAAUGAUAUUACUUAAGCCUUCAGCCUUAACACACAGAAGUUUCAGUAGUAGGUCAGUACAUAUUUCCCACUUUGGAAAGAAAAAAUCUUAAAUAAUUGUGGUACUUUAAUACCACAUCUUGAAUACUUUGGUGCUAGUAACGUUUACCUUCAAAUGCCAAUGUUAUGUGGUAGUACUACAUAAACUAGUGUUACCCUAUGAAUGAGUUGAAUGUAGUGAAAGUGAUGCUUAUUCAGCACAGUAUUAGGUCAGAACCACAGGAAUGGCUGUGUUUGCCAUCUCAGAUUAAUAAAACAAAAGGGCAGUAUAAUACAAGAAACAAAUUACUCUGCAUUCGUUCACCACGAAGAUUACAGUACAAAAGUGCUGGUAUUUCUACUGCUGCUGUAGCCUAAUUUCAAACCCGAGCUGGUUAGUGUUGGUAGCUAUAAUUUCAUACUGUGCUGAAAUAUGCUACUCAUUUUCAGAGAUUCAGACAUUGUUGUAAGGACUGAAGAAUAAUUUGCAAUAACACGGCAGUUGUGUUUCACAGAACACGCCUAAAAGUAGAUUUGGAACAAUAAGCUGUCGUUACAAGACAUCGUUCAAUACUUGUGCUGCAUUAAUCUUUAACGAAAAGUCCUAAUUACAUGCAACAAUUAUAAAAAGUAUAAGAUAUAAAUCUGAAUUUGUCUAUCAUCUGAAUUAUCCACCUCCUUACAUUGAGGGCAAAUCUCUGUAGGCCUCUCAAAACCUGAGGGAGAAGGUCUUCAACCACGUGGCACUGAAACAGAAAUCGUACGUCUAUUUAUUGUGUUAUUUAUUUAUCAGUGGCAGGGUUCACUAUAAAUAGUUUUUUUAUUGCCUUUUUAUAAGAAAUGUAUAAUUAUCGGGAGCAGUGCCUUCCAUAAUUAUGACAGUUAUACUGUCGAAAUGACAAAAGCAGCAUCUGCUUAAAGAAGUGAACAUGUUGACCGACGGUCGGUACCGAACACACAAGAGCUUCAACAACUGAGGUCAUAUUUUUGUCUACUUAACUGACACUGGAUUGGUCUUUAAGGCAAGGCCAACUCGCAUAUCAAACCUAUGACAAUAUUCACUGAACAACUCAGGCUGUUGGUCAGUACCGGUCCCUUGGUACAUGCACACUUCUCAUCCUGACAACAUUAUCGGGAGCAGUGUCUUCCAUAAUGUGAAAAAGAAGAAGGUAGUUUUUGCCUACCAGUGUGUAUCCGUAUCGGAGGCAGUGCCCUCCAUAUUUCACUGUAGGGGUGGAUGUUUUUAUUAUCGGGGACAGUGUUUCCCAUAAUGUGUAAAUAUACAAUACAUUGCUACACAAUGCAUCAUCUUGCGCAUCAUCUUGAGAUCUCUUCUAUGAUUCACAAUGUACGUCUGUGGUUUCCUCUCAGACAGAAUCACAGAUCUUGAAAGAGUGAUUUUCAACUUUAGCUCUUAUAAAAAAACAUUUCCAUCUGUUUAUUAAGUUGAAGGAUCUGCGUGUCUGUCUUCUGUUCUGGAUUUCUGUAGUUUUUUCUCAUUUUUAAAUCAAAUCUUUUCUUUGGGCUGCAUAUUGAACUGCUAUGGAAGGUCUUUUUUACUUCCAAGAGAACAUGAUAGAAAUGUGUUUGGGACCACUGUGAUAACAGUGGUGUGUUCCAUAAAAGAUCAGCAAUCUGCAAUGUGGGAUUUUGUUUUUAAUGAUCCAGUGUGAAAGUACAUUCUAUCUUCUAUUUUGAUGUGUUCAUUCAUUGUUUUUAAAGAGAUUUAAAUGUGCCUUUUGUUUCAUCACUGCAUUAUAGAGCCGAGUUUCUUCAUUCAGUAUAUUGAGGCUUUUGAGGAUGUAUAUUUGGCUUGUUUUUGUUUAGUUUUGACACUUCUGUAUUUCUUUCUUUUUCCUGUUGUCUGGUAGAAUCAAGUUACUGGUGUAAAAGCCUGUCAUGCUACGACACAUUUUAGAUGAGAAUGAAAGAAGGAUAAUGAAAAUAGUGAAACCUGAAAGAACAAAUGUAUGACAGUAGAUGACGAGGUAACCCCCUCUCUCUUUUUUUUUUUUUUUAGCUAAUCUGGUCUCACUGUUGCUAAUGAUAUCCCUCAGUAGAAAAACCUGAUCUGUUAAUCAUUCAUAGUCUGAGUGAUUAUGCUGAUCUGCUGGGUUGUCAUGAGACAUGUGCUGGAAGUUGCAUUUAUGAAAUUGGCAAAUUACUGAGCAACAGCUAAAAAAGAAACUCUUCUAUGAGAAUGCAGACACAAUUGGUCUUUAUUUGGGAGGGCUUUCAAAUUCUGUCAACAUGGAUAAAUGUGUUCCAAAAUUAUUGUUGAAAAUAUGGAUGUAUAUUUCUUUCCCCCUUCAAACUGUAUACAAGUUUGUUUAGCUUUAAGUUUUGUUGCUGCAAUAAACAAUCACCUCACAA